GAUAGGCGCACUGCUUCGUUCCACACAUACGCCACCGCAUAGACGUUUUGGACUGGUGGCUAUCUAACGCGUUUGGGCAAUGCUAUCUCGAGCAGCUAUUUUGAUCAAAUAACUUCAGUUUUUUCACUGUCGGUGUUUUACAGAUUACUUUAAAGUGUGGAAUAAACCCGGAAUUGUUGGGGCUGUCAGCAAAAGGGGAUUAUUUACUCGGAGCGGAUUGCAGCCAUGAUGGCGUCAAGCUACAACGCUAAGGAAGAGGACGGUCACCACUCAGGCCCUUCGAGUCAUUGCGGCGCAGGAGCCGUGAAAAGUAAGAAGCCAGAUAACACAGCAUUUAAACAACAAAGACUACCUGCAUGGCAGCCUAUUUUGACGGCUGGCACCGUGCUUCCUGCUUUCUUCGUGAUCGGCCUCAUCUUCAUCCCCAUCGGCAUCGGCCUGUAUGUUACGUCGAAUAAUAUCAAGGAGUUCGAGAUUGAUUACACUGGUGUGGACAUGUCAAGCCCGUGUUUCAGCUGUGCUAAAAACUACACUUGGAACAGCACAGCACCUUGUGUCUGUUCUGUUAACUUUACAUUGGAUCAGCCCUUCGAGAGCAACGUCUUCAUGUACUAUGGCUUAUCCAACUUCUAUCAGAACCAUAGACGCUAUGUGAAAUCCAGGGAUGACAGCCAGCUCAAUGGUGACCGUACAGCUUUGACGAAUCCCAGCAAGGAAUGCGAGCCUUAUCGUACCAGCGAAGGACUGCCCAUUGCUCCUUGUGGAGCCAUCGCUAACAGCCUCUUUAAUGACUCUCUUGUUCUCUAUCAUAUCGACUCCAAUGGUACCAGAAUCCAAAUCCCUUUGGUAAAGAAGGGCAUCGCUUGGUGGACAGACAAGCAUGUGAAGUUCAGGAAUCCUGGUGGAAACAGCAACCUCACUAUUGCCUUUCAAGGCACCAACAAGCCAGUGAAUUGGAGAAAACAUGUAUCUGAGCUGGAUCUAGAUGACGACGACAACAACGGCUUCAUCAAUGAGGACUUCAUCGUGUGGAUGCGCACAGCUGCCUUACCCACUUUCCGCAAGCUUUAUAGGAUCAUCCAGAAGAAGUCCAGCUCAACCCCAACCCUCGCUAGCGGCAGAUAUGUCUUGGACAUCACGUACAAUUACCCUGUCCUCAGCUUUGAUGGACGCAAGCGAAUGAUCUUGAGUACCAUCUCCUGGAUGGGAGGCAAGAACCCUUUCCUGGGUAUCGCUUACAUCACCGUGGGCUCCAUUUGCUUCUUCCUGGGCGUGGUUCUGCUCAUUAUUCACCACAAAUACGACUCCCGCAACAACAGUGCCGACAUUCCAAACUAGCUCCUCCCUGCGACGUGUCCAUUCCGGACUGCUCAUCAGUUUUACCUUGAAUACACUGGCCAUCUGUAGAUGUAUGUUUAUGCAAGAACGGCUUUGUUUGUCGUAAAGCUGUGUUUGAAGGCAAGAGACAAUGCCUGAGUCUUGACUGCUUCAAGUUGGCUGCUGCGAAUGUCAUGUUUGGUUUUUAUUUAAAAGAAGUUGUGCGCGUGUGUGUAUGUAUAUAUAUAUAUAUAUAUAUCGCUAUCAAGUAUGUGUUAUAUGUUAGCACAGCUUUGCGAAUGGCUUAAUUAUUGAAGGAUGUCUAUUGUAUCCCAGAUUUUGUUCAUGUUUCUGUAUUGUAAGAUGUUCUGCUGAUGAAUGUACUAAUAUUACAUUGACUUACCUUUCA